CGUCUGCCAAUGAACAUCUUCAGCAGAUCUACUUGUUUUAGAUGAUUCAUGGUUCGUCACGUUCAUGUAAUCUAACGAAUAUUACGGGAAAGUGUUUUCAAGAGAAGGAAUUGUGCGAUUUUAUUAAAUAAAAACGAUGGCGCAUAUUCCCUCCGAGCUUGUGCCACAUUCACGAAAAGUGUGCAGCUUGUACAAGCGUGCACUUCGUUGUCUGGAGGAUUGGUAUCAUAGAACACACGAUUGCAGGAUUCAAGCUGUAUUAAUGAGAGAACGUUUUGAUAAAAACAAGGAUAUAAAAGACAUGCGUUAUGCAACAUAUCUUUUAGAAGAAGGAGAAAAAGAACUCUGGUCUAAGCAACAUUAUGCACCAAAGACAUUUGCAAAUUCAGCCACAGGAGGAGCAUAUGGUCGAAAAGGCCAGAUUCCAGAUUGGGUCUUAGAUUAUUGGCAUCCUCUAGAGAAAGCUAGAUAUCCGAAAUAUUUUGCACGUCGCGAACAAAUGAAGGACGAAUACGAGGAAUGGUAUUUUAAAACGUAUCCAGAAGAGAAAGAAAAUAAGAAGAUCAAACAUCAUUAGACACUUAUAAAAUAUAUAUACUUAUGCUGUAUCAGUUCAACUUGUAGAUAUAUUGUAAUAUAAUGUUUAUUAUUAUGAAAUUUUUUGUCAAAUGGAAUAGUAUCCCUAUUACAGAUAAAACAAGUAAAAUUAUAUAUAUACACAUUUUUAAAAACAAAUAUAAAUUGUAACUUGACAUAAUUAUGUAAAUAUAUAAAGAGAAACAAAAGAGAAUUUUCCAUGCAAUACAUAACAAUAUAUACACAUAUUUUUGUUUCAUAUGUAUUUAUUAUGUACUCCAGAAUACAUAUCAAACAACUUAGCUUAUUUCUCUAUAAUUUAAUUCAUCAUACAUUUAACAUAAUACUAUAAUCUUAGCACAUAUAUAAAGCAACUUGAAAUUUGGUGAUUUUGUCUGAUUACUUAGAGUCACAAACACAUAAGAAAUUAUUAUACUUGAAAUGACGUUCGAAUGCCAAUUGUCAAUAAUAAUAACAGGUAAAAUGUAUUUAUGUAUUUAUUUUUAAAAGAAAAAAUGUUAUUUGCAAAAUUAGGAAUUACAAUAAUUUCCAUUUACUUAAUUUGAAUCAUUAUUUCAGCAGCAAGAACCAUUACUUCGUUUUUUUAAUAAUGUAACAUAAUCAUGAUUUGAAUAGACAUAUAUAUAUAUGUAUAAUCCAAACGAUAUAUUUACGAUCAAAGAUUACGCCAUACAUUGCUACGAAAGCAAUAAUUUGGAUGAUACACGAGUGGACUAAAAAUCUAAAAUUGUCUCCGUUCUAUAUUGUCCAUAAAUUUGCCUAAUACGCGACUGAUUCGACAUUUUUUGUAUAUAUUAUUUUGUAAGUUGAUUAAAGUACCAGAAUAAAACAGAUAAAGAUUCAGGUCAGAAA